CAUUGGUCUUAUUGUCUUCUUAAAGCAUUAUUUAAAGGUUUGUAAGCAGUAUAUAAUUUAUUUCUGAAUUAUACCUAAUUUUUUGCAAGGAUAUACAUGUUAUGAAAUUUCAUAAAAGGACAUUUUUCCCGGACUAAUGGGAUUAAAUUUCAAACAAUUACCCUGUAAAGCCGAGAUAUCAAUUUUAAACCCAUAAUGGCAACAAACACAAUUCUUGUGUGUGCACCAUGCGAAUCCCGUGGUAUUUCAUUGACAGCAAUAAAGUAUUGUAAAACUUGCAGGGAACCAUUAUGUAAAGUUUGUGUAGAAUGUCAUAAAUCUUUUAAAGCAACGAAAACCCAUCUUUUGGUUCAGUCUGUGGGGCAGAAUUCAUGGAAAAUAACUUGCGAUUUAGAAAACUUUCAGAUGUGUUCACAACACCCGAAUAAGCAGACAGAGUUCUAUUGCGGUGAUCAUGGAACGUUAUUGUGCAGUUUGUGCUUGCUUAAAUCAGAGAGCCACAAGAAUUGUGCAAAAGUAAUCGAAAUAGAUACUGCUGGAAAGUCCUUUCUUACAACUCGUUUCACGGAGAUAGUCAGCGACACAUGUUUAAAAACAGCCAAUACAGCCGCGAGUGCCGUAACUGAAGUUAAAAAAGCUAAAGACUGUACAAGUAACAGCUUAAAAGGUCUGAAAAAAGAAAUUGAAAAUAUUCGUUCAAAAAUGCUUCAGGCAUUUGAUCGUCAGUCAAACAGUAUUUUACAGUCUGUUUCUGCUGAUCUUCUGGCUAAUACAUGUAAAUGUGAAAAGGCAUUACAGAAUCUAGGGAAUCUUGAAAAGGGGAUGAGAGAAAGUGAGAUUUUGUUUAAAAAUGUUAUUGAAAAUGGAUCUCCAGCCGAUGUUUUCCGAUGGGUUAAAUCGAUUUUUGGACAGUGUGAAGACUUUCAGAGUGAAAAAGAACAAACGAAACGACACUGCUUAAGACAGAAUAUUACCUGUGAAAUGUCUGACAUUGUUCACACGAUAGAACAAAAUCCGUUUCUCUUCUACAAUGUAGAGAAUGUUGCAUUAGAAAUUGCGGACAUCAGCACAGAUCAAUUAAAACAAAAUUUCAAAAGUGGCAUUGCUGUUAAACCAACGGAGAUUGUUGCGAAGAACAAAGAUAAACCAAGAUUUGGCGACAGAACGAUAGAAAGUAAAGCCAGCCAUGGAAUACUGCCAGAUGUAUCAAGAAUGGGUUACAGAACGAUAGAAAGUAAAGCCAGCCAUGGAAUACUGCCAUAUGUACCAAGAAUGGAUGACAGAAUGGUCGAAAGUAAAGCCAGCCAUGGAAUACUGCGAGAUGUACGAAGAAUGGGUGACAGAACGGUAGAAAGUAAAGCCAGCCAUGGAAUACUGCCAUAUGUACCAAGAAUGGUUGACAGAACGGUAGAAAGUAAAGCCAGCCAUGGAGCACUGCUUUCGAUGUUAUCUUAUGAUUCAGAAACUACCAGCAAUUAUUCAGAUUUAGAUGCAUCAUACUUUGAAUCAUAUUCAUCCACAGAACAUACGCCAAAUCUUGACCUUAAUGUGUCGUAUUGUGAAAAUUUUGAAGUGGAACUAUCAGACGGCCAGACUCCUUGGUUUGGUGGUAUCGUGUGCCUUCUGGACAAAAGGCUUAUCUUGUCUGAUUACAAUAAUUCACGAAUAAUAAUGGUCAGAAAUAAAAGUAUCGUGACAGAAAAUAAUAUUGACUUCAUACCUGGAAAUUCAAACUUUUUUCAAUAAAAAUUUGGUAGUUUGCCACAGGAACACAAAUAAACUGACCCUUAUGAAAAUAGAAAAGAAUGGUCUGACAGAGUACAAAUAUUUGCAAACUCGAUACAAUCCAAAAUGCGUGCAAGCCGUUGACAAAGACAGAAUACUUGUAUCGUCUCUAGAAAUGGAAAAGGCGAAUGGCACCUUGAUCUUAUGAUGCCGGAAGGGAAGAACUGGCGUGGACUCAGAAUAAAUAUUGAACUCGCUGGAAAUUACGAAGGGUAUAAGCUCGCAGUAGAGCAUGUGCCAGAUCUACACGACGGUUUUAGAAUAAUUCAGUAUUGUGAGGACUCAGCCAUCUUACAAUGUUUUCAUAAAGCUGGGGGAUCAGCUAUAUUUCAUUACGAAGUCCAAAAUACGUCAUCUGUUAUAACUGAUCACCUUGGAUACAACCUCGUAAAGUGUUAGUUACAAAAGUGAAAUAUUACGGGAGUUUAUUUCAGGAUAAUCCUGCAUAAUCAUACAUGUGCAUGUACACAUACGCAGCAUAUACACGUAAAACUAUUUACAUUAUAGGUCUGAACUGUCUAAAGAUGGACAUUGAUGUUUAUAAUUUGUAUUUAUAAGCAGCUCUCGACGAAAAACAACACAGCUGGUUUCAUGUA